AUGCCGGGUCCACGACGCGUUCGCUCGUUGGCGAUUGUCGUCUGCAUCGCCGUCGUCUUCCUCCUGUAUCAGCGAAGCGGRGCUGUGCAACGAUACGCCGAGCAGAUUCAGGUGGGCGGAGGCGCGGUGCUGCGAGGCCCGCAGGCAGAUCAGAAGCCAGCAGCACCUCCCGGGCCGCCUCAGAAUCCACUGAUGCCCGAGGUGGAGCCAGAGGCAGAGCCAGCAGCGGCAACUACGGAGCAACGGAUUGCAGGUCUACCAGCUCCAGAGGAGACGACGACCUCGCUACGAGCGAUACCCACCACUACCUCCAAAACACAAACGAAGACUGAGAAGGACACCGACAGGUCCGGGUACGAGAUAACGGACGAGGGCUUCGUCAAUAUUGCGGAACCUUACUCCUACACUACUCCAGCACCGCAGCACUGGAGCAAGCAGCCGGAGCACUAUCCAAUCACAUCAACCAUACAGCUUCCAAAGGGACCUUCAAAGUCAAUACCGAUCAUUCAGCAUGCUGCAAGAGGGGCGGACGAGCAGAAGUUGGCCGCCGUCAAAGAGGCAGCACAGCAUGCUUGGAAGGGAUAUCGAAAUUACGGAUGGGGUUUUGACGAGGUCGCCCCUGUGACGGGUAAAGGGAAAGCGAGCUUUUGCAACUGGGGAGCGACGUUGGUGGACAGUCUGGACACACUUUGGAUCAUGGGCAUGAAGGACGAGUUCGAGGAUGCUGUCAAUCAGACGAGUCAUAUUGAUUUUACGACAUCUUCCAGAAACGACAUCCCGCUGUUCGAAGUGACCAUUCGUUAUUUGGGCGGACUCCUCGCGGCCUACGAUGUAUCAGGCAAGACCUACAGAGUCCUCCUCGAUAAGGCCGUGGAGCUUGCGGAGAUCCUGUACAGCGCGUUUGACACGCCGAACCGUAUGCCAGAGACCUACUACCACUGGAAACCGGCUUUUGCAUCGAACAAACAUCGCGCCAGCGGCAGACUGGUCCUCGCCGAGCUUGGAACGUUGAACCUUGAAUUCACGCGGCUGGCACAACUCACAGGGGAACCAAAAUACUACGAUGCAAUUGCUCGCAUCACUGAUGCGUUUGAGGAGUGGCAAAAUAGCACUCGUCUCCCUGGAAUGUGGCCCAUCGCUGUCGAUGCUAGUGGGUGUAAUAAGACUGCGACUCAGAUGCAACCAAGCCGGACAAAUUAUCCACACCAGAUGCCGGUUCCGGGCGGCGAUACUUAUAUGAUGACGAGUGAGCCGGUGAAGAUCGAUAGAGAGACCUUGGCCAAAGCAGAGCAGACGCUUGCGGAAUCGAUGGACCCUCAUGCUGUUGGUGAUGCUCAACUGGAAGCAAUGAACAAGAACGUCCACAAUCCCCGCCCGGAUGCCACAAAAGGUAGCGAUCUUCGUUUCGAGGCCAUGCACACGCCUGAUGACCCAAACGUGAAGCAGAAGCGACAGCUUGACACUGGUCUUGAGAGCAAUCACAGCAAUACCACCUCGGUCGAUGCGUCUGUUCCGCAUCGUCCGGCGGACCACGUGGCCCAUCGCAAUGAAUAUGCCUCAAGGCUGGACGAAGAAGAGGAGAUCUGCGUCCCCCAAGGUCUCGCGUCUCCCAGCAAGUAUUCAACGGAGACCUACACUCUUGGAGGGCAGAGUGACAGCGUGUACGAAUACCUACCCAAAGAGUACGUUUUGCUCGGUGGUCAGGUCGACCAAUACAGGACCAUGUACCUUGACAGCAUGGAGCCGGUGAUCGAGAAGCUCUUGUACCGCCCGAUGACACCUGAGAACUUGGAUAUUCUAAUAUCUGGAGAUGUGCGCGUAUCGAUCAAUUCAUCGACCAACGAGUUGAUGGAGACAUUGGUCCCCAAAGGCGAGCAUUUGACGUGCUUUGCUGGCGGUAUGUUUGCAAUGGGUGGGAAGCUCUUUGACAAGCCGGAGCACGUUGAGAUUGGCAGGAAGCUUACAGAUGGAUGUAUUUGGUCGUACAAUUCCAUGACUAGCGGCAUCAUGCCAGAGUCAUUCACUGCGUCUGCCUGCGAGAGCAAGACAGAUUGCAAGUGGAACCAGACGAAGUACUGGGAAGAACUGGAUCCGUACGUGGGGUAUAGAGAGGAGCAACGGGCCAAGUUCUGGGAGAAAUAUCCUGACUACAAGCCUGGCGACGAGACUGACUUUGAGGGAAAGGCGCCCUCUGUUCCAAGACCACAAACGCUUCCCGCACAUCGUAUGCCGGAGAAGCUUGUCUAUACCGACGAGGAGGAAAGGUCGAUGUUUGUCAAUGCGCACGACAAGCGACAACUAGAUCAGGACGAAGUCACUCCUCCUUCGCCGCCAAAGCCAGCGCCUGCUCCCGUCAUCGAAUCUCCUCACGUCACAUAUGACGACGGGGAUGACGAUGUAUACGACUAUGCUGCACCGCCAGUCUACACUCCCAAACCUCCCGCCACGCACACCGAGUACGUCGAGCAGAAGAUCCUUGACGAACGCCUCCCUCCCGGAUUCGUACGAUUGGACUCGAAACAAUACAUCCUACGACCCGAAGCCAUUGAGAGUGUCUUCUACAUGUAUCGCAUCACAGGAGAACAGUACUGGCGCGACAUGGGCUGGAAGAUGUUUCAAAGCGUAGAUCUUGCGGCUCGAGCAGAAUUUGGGCACUCGGCGAUCGAUGAUGUUACGAAGGACGUUCCUAAGCACAUCAACAACAUGGAGAGUUUCUGGUUGGCGGAGACGCUCAAGUACUUUUAUCUGUUAUUUGACGAGCCGGAUCGUUGGAGUUUGGAUGACUGGGUGUUGAAUACGGAGGCGCAUUUUUUUGAGAGGCCGGGGAGGAAGUGA